UGCACUUGCCAGACACAGCCAAAUCCAUCAACAGCAGACACUAGCAUGCCCCUCGCAGAUCUGAACAAGCGCGCUGACCGCUCCAAGUACGAUGAGUCCGUCGCGAAGGAUAUGCCGGAGUACCCCGGCCUCGCCCUUACCUCCCAUGUUCUCCUCAAGAAUGUGCAGCUUUGGAGCACUGUCGGCUCCGUUGCUUCCUUGGGCGUGUGGCUCACGUCCCCAGAUCGGAGCGUCUCAUCUCUGGUGCUCAAGCAGUGGCCACGCUUCGCUGGCCUUGGGGGCGCGGCCGGUAUCGUAAUGACCCUACCCAUGAUGUACAUCAAGAUGCAGGCCGUCGACCUCGAUGGAUUGGAAGAUCGAGCCUACAGAAUUGCCCUGAACAAGGGGGUGCAGACGGUGGACUUCUACAGCGCGAUCGGGGGUGUAAUGUCGCUUGUCCUGGGCCUGUCCACACGCAGGAUUGGCGGAGGGCAAGUUAAGGCGGGAAUCGCGAGGGCUGUGUCCCCGUGGUCGUUGAUGGCCCAAGGCAUCGCCGCAGGCAGUGUAGGCUUCGUCCUCGGCAAGGUUUCGGGGCUCCCGAUGGAGAGGCCGCUGGAGCUGCUGAACGCCCGCGGCUUCGAGGCGGACCGCGAUGAUGACAGUGUCGAAAGAAAGUCAUGAUGGCGAUCGAUCAUGGAUGAUGGUUUUGGAGAAUGAGUUUGGUGGGCCGGAACGAAUAACGAAAUUCCAUGAGCUCGUCUCCCUGAAGCAGCACCGUAGGCGUACACCAAGGGAGCGGGGGCUGGGGCGGGGGCGGGGGCGGGGGNCUCCAACCCGUGGUCACACAGAAGAGCCCCUCUCUUCCCUCCCCUCCUGCGGUACUUUGCCUUCGAUUUUUAAUGCGAGAAGAGUUGAUUGAGCACUCUCUUCCCUCUGUGUACACACGAACUUGCGCUAUCCACUAGGCCAGGAGCGGAAGCGAGAGAAUAACUCACUUUUGCAAGAAAAACUCGCUUACGCCGAGAUUCGAACCCCUGACCUGACCUCUGGAAGGUUUCGAGGUUGCCAACUAUACCACCGGGGCGACCGGUUUGGGGCUUUGAGGCUGAUGGAACCGCAAUGUGCCUUUUUUUUAUUCACGCCGUAUCGAUUGUCAAGAUCGAAAUAGCGCUUGUUUUCAUGUGUGUGUGCCACGAGGAACACGUGAAAUACUUGAAUUAUACACUAGUAGUCGGGAAGUUUUUCAAUCCCUCGAUGCCGAGAGUUCAUGCUUGAUCGAGUGAGUAUCACUUUGAUCUAUUUUGAGUUGUGUUGCGAACGAGAGAGGGAAAUAUUUGAUGCUUCUUUUUUUCCCAGGAAGCUCGGCGAGUGCCUUUCCUUUCAGCCUGGGCCAAAUCCGGCAGCUGGUCGUCUUACGUGAUGGCUUCAGACGGCGGUGGUGUGCACGUCCUUUGCGGCGAAAAAAAUUUGUUUGGUCCUGAACACGAAUUGAAUGAAUCAGGGCCUUUGAGUUUUGGAGCACUGCCGGGUACAUGUAUGCCUGGUACGGUUUCCUGAGAGACAGAUAGAAGAAAAGUAGGACCAUGCGUGCUUCGUGGCUUGCUGCCAACCGUUGAUGACACGUCGCGUCGGGACUGUCGGUUUUGUUGUGUCCUCCGUGUUUUGAUGGGUGUGACGCUCGCUCUCCGUGUACCUGAAUACGGAGGCGAUCAUGUCGCAGCAUCAACAUCAGUCGUUUGUGGUGGCGACGGAACUGUUCGUGCAUGCGUAGUCUACAGGCGACAGUGGCAGGCACGAUCGGAUUCUAGUAUACAUACGUGGAUGUGACUGUGAUGCACGGUUAUGCACACCCAUGAAGAGAUAUUUCGCUUCAUUGGUCAGUCAGCUGCCGCAAGUUAGCGACGAACGUAAUAUUUGACCAACCAGAAAAAUGCGGCACUCCUGUCCUUUUCGCGGAGGACCGUGCACGAAGGUGUGACGUGGAUUCAAUUCCGACGAACAGGUUGGGGGCGGUAGAGCAUACCAACCACAGGCAUUGAUAGGCAUAUCUGAGGGGCGGGGGUAUCACCCAUGCCCUGGUGCGUAGCCUGGUUGGUGCUGGUACGUUACCCUUUGAUUUUUUCUUUAGACGGGUGUGGGAAGCGUUCCUCCUUUUUUAUUUAUUACAUUUAUUUUUUAUUUUCUUAAUAUCACACAACAAAUCCAUCUCUAGUUUUGGUUUUACUUUCAUCGGUUUCCGAGGGCUCUUUUCUCGAACGGUCGGUGCGGCGGUACCUGUUCUUUUCUUUCUAUCAUCUUGUUUCUUUUUCCGAGUGGUUUGUACCCUAUUUUUGUUUUGUUUCCCCGCGGCGUCGUAUGUGCCGGGUUUUGAGACCACGGGCUCCUCAUUUAUUGUGGACUAUAACAGAGCUCAUGUGAGAAACAACAAGCAUGAACUUUGGCACGUUCAGGCACGGAAGAGAGAGGUUGUCGUCUACCCGUUCGAGUGGGAGGAAAGAAAGGGAGAUGGACGAGCCAAGAAGCACCACCAUCCAUUUAUUUGUUUUGCAUUGUGUCAUUCCUUCGUAUUCUGGGCGUCGAUUCUAUGUAUGUGUGGAUUAGGCGCGGUGUAUUCAUCAAUCCCGGUUGUGAGGUUGCUCGUGCACGUGCUUCGUUUAGUUGACAAAAAAAAACGACUUGUGCGCACGGCCCUGUAGUUGAGUAACAGUCGACCCCGUCAAGGAAACUCCC